AGCUGUACCUUGUUUAUUUUUGGUAGGGGUUUAUAAUCUAACAAUGGCGUUUGUGUUUGCUAGACCCGGUUCGGCUAGCUCGGCGUCAGACAGUGGUAGCGGAUCUGGAGAAGACCAUGAGGCAGAAGUUCAUAUAGGAGACUUGGCAUCAUCUCCACCGAAAUCUCCUCUCAAGGCCCCCAAAAGUCCCUGUAAAGCCUCCCUCAUUAAGCGCCAGAAGUCGCUGAUAGCCGCCAGCUCUAAUAAAUCUGUCCGUGUGUAUCAUACUGGAAUCAGAACCUUAUAUACAGCCGGACGACCGCCCUGGUAUGAUUCUCACGGCUCUCACAAGGCGGCUUUUGUCAUUGGUGUUUGUGGAGGAAGUGCCUCAGGGAAGACCACGGUGGCUAAGAGAAUUAUUGAGAUGCUGGAUGUGCCCUGGGUCAGUCUCCUCAGCAUGGACUCGUUCUACAAGGUUUUGGGCGAGAAGGAGCACAAGUUGGCGGGGGAGAAUGAGUAUAACUUUGAUCAUCCUGACGCGUUUGACUUUGACCUCAUGAUCAAGACGCUGAAGAGACUGAAGGAAGGCAAGAACGUAGAAGUGCCUGUGUACAACUUCAUCACCCACGGCCGGGACAAACAAACAAAAACUAUCUAUGGUGCCAAUGUAGUGAUAUUUGAGGGGAUCAUGUCCUUUGUCAACAAGGAGUUGUUGGAGUUGAUGCACAUGAGAAUUUUUGUGGACACGGACUCUGAUAUCAGACUAGCACGAAGGUUAAAGAGAGACAUUGCAGAGCGGGGCAGAGAAUUGGAGGGAGUGUUAAAACAGUACAAUAAAUUUGUAAAACCAGCCUUUGAACAUUACAUUGAACCAUCGAUGACACAUGCUGACAUCAUUGUUCCUCGAGGAGGAGAAAAUAAAGUUGCUGUCAGUUUGAUUGUCAUGCACGUUCAUACACAACUCCAAAAGAGAGGAUUCAAACUGAGGUCCAAGCUAGCUCUCUCAGCCAACAAUGGAACAAAGAUGCCAGAUUCCCUGUAUGUACUGGAGAAAACUCCACAGGUACAGGGGCUUCAUACAUUUAUAAGAAACCGAGAAACUUCAAGAGAUGAGUUUAUAUUCUACUCGAAGAGACUGAUGAGGUUGCUGUUUGAGUAUGCUAUGUCCAUGCUGCCUUUCAAGUCGGUGAAGGUUGAGACUCCCCAGAGUGUACUCUACGAUGGAAAAAGACUCAACGCCACGAAGAUGUGUAACGAUUCUCCAAUUGGAGGCAAAGAGACUGAGGUUACUUUAAAAAGAAAGAGGUCAAGCGGAAGUGUCUGGGACAAAGGGAUAUGUGGAGUGUCUAUAUUGCGUGCCGGGGAGACCAUGGAACAGGCGCUAUGUGAGGUUUGCAAGGACAUCAGACUCGGCAAGAUCCUCAUCCAGACCAACUUUGAUACAGGGGAACCAGAGCUCCAUUACCUGCGGCUACCUAAGGACAUCAAAGAGACCCACGUGAUGUUAAUGGAUGCCACAGUUGCCACCGGAGCGGCGGCUAUGAUGGCCAUCAGAGUACUGCUGGAUCACGAUGUUCCCGAGGAGAACAUCUUACUGCUGUCUCUGUUGAUGGCAGAGUCUGGUGUACACUCGGUGGCCUAUGCCUUCCCUAAGGUGAAGAUUGUUACUACAGCUGUGGACAAACAAGUCAACGACAAAUUCCACAUACUUCCUGGUAUAGGAAAUUUUGGCGACCGCUACUUUGGAACAGACCUGCCUGCUGAGCCCUGAGACACAAAUCUCUCCGAAGCUAGAUCUGUAUCAUAUCACCGUGACAACACUGGUUAAACCAAAUGUUGUUGCUGAGGCCUAAGUAGGACAAAAAGGUGGUUGUAUCUGUCUUGAUUGUAUCGCUGUGGAUGACUUGUAAUUACCUUUUAUUAAAGGUAAAAAUGUGUCGGUAAAGACAUAUAUCAGCCUUCGUAUCUCAGUUGUCACGGACCACACUGCUGGAGACAAGUGGUUGCCUUGGUUACAUAUAAUGUUACCCUGCUAACAUGUUCGUUUUGGCCACAGUGCUGCUAAUGGUUUAGAAGAGCGAUAUUCCUAUGCCGGUGUACAUGUAUGUUGGAACAUGAUACAAUGUCGGGAAAGAAAUUCCACAGAUUCACAAGAAAGAGGUAUCAUCUGGACGAACAAAAUGAUUGUUGUUAGUUCACCCGAAGCAAUGCACCAGGGUGCUUCGACUGUCCUCUGUCAAAAAUAGGCUGUUGUCUGUUGUCUCUCCUCCAUCAACUUUUAAACUACAGCUCCUUCCUAACACUAUAACUACAGGGCAGUUCUCAACCCAAUGAUAACUAUUUAGCUCAUAUGCAUCAAAGUUGGACAAUAAAGGGGUAUAGCUAUAACCUCCUGGAGACUGAGGGUUGUGGUAAAAGGGAUCAGAUUGACUGUUUUACUUUAAAUGAAUCUCGUCCCAAACUACAGAUUUCAGUUUUCCCCCCAAAAUUAACCAGGUGAGCUAUUGGAGGCCAAGAUAAGUGUAGGCACUAAAAAUAAAGGUAGGCAAAGCAAAAGCAAAAUCUCUAAGUCUUAUGGAAUUGUAGAAAGACAAGGGUAAAAAGUCCCCUCCCAACACAUGAGUUUUCUUUUUUUGGGGGGGGGAGGGGGCAUGCAGUAGCCAAGUGGUUAAGGUAUCUGACCUUCUACAAUCACUAGCCUUCCACCACUUGGUUGCAGUGUUAAGGCCUACAUGGAGGCAGUCGCCAGGUACGGGCUGCAGAUACUUGAACCUAGCACAUCCGUAUACGUAAAGACCAGGUUGAUUGGAUGUAAAAACACUACCAAUCAAGCUGAAACUAUUUCUAACUUUGAUCAGUAUUAUUGUCCAGCACUGGACUAAAUGCCUUCAUUGUUGUACAUGCAUAACACAUGAAAGCGUAUUUUGACAAGAAAGGUUAAGUCUAUAUUGCUAUGCAUUUGUAUUGCUGGCUUUUUUUGCAAAUACAUUGUAAUGGUAUAUAUUGCUUGAAGCCUUUAAUUAAAAAAAAUCCAGUCAUGAAGGUGCUAUUACAUUUGUUUCAUGAACAGUUUCAGGUUUGUAUUAUGAAUAUGGCUGUAUCACUCACAGUCACUGGCCUUGUCUGUCAAUACACCUAUAGAUCAUUUUGUAGGCGUAUUGACAGACAAGGCCAUUACCUGUGUAUCACUACCAUACAUUCAUACCACCAUACUGCUGUAACAUGUUACAUCAAUCUACCAUCAUAUCAUACCACUAUACCAUCAUACCACUAUACCAUCAUACCACUAUACCAUUGUAUUGCCAAAAUGACACCAUACCACCAUAAUGAUGAUAUCAUACUUGUCAUUUAAGUCUUUCUACAUUUUAGCUCAACUUAGUUUGACAUUUUCACUCUCAUUGAAUAGAUGUCAGCUGCUUGCAUCCCAAUUGAAUCUCAUUUAUGGAAAACAUUUUGAGAAAUGUCUUUUAUACCUGUUGAUCAUAACCCUCAGAAAAAUUAUAUUCAUUCCAAUUAAAUUCCGCACAAUCGUGUUUGGUUUGCUAUUCCCAAGCUUAUAGGGCGAAAGAUUGAGUGAUUAUUUGCCUAUGAGCACAUGUACUACACAGUUAUAAUCAACACGUGCCUACAGCUCGGUGUGUACAGUCCAGAUGUUGUGUAGCUAGUCUUAUGGACUACUCCUAGAGUAUUGUUCCACUCAAUAUUGAAAUUGUCUCUCAUAUGACCCAUUAACCUCAAGGAAAUAUAUAUAUAUAUAUAUAAAUCAGGUAUCCGAAAUCUACAGAUGAAUCUUUAGUAUUUCAGUCUGAAAUGUAAUUAUAAACUACAGACUUAAUACGUUGUUUUAAUCUUUGAUUCUGAUUACGAAGUCCUCAGUGUUAACUACAGGUACUGUGACCUAUGUGAAGCUAUGUGUAUUAAAUCUUUAUCAAGAUUAGAUGUUGUGACCUUUCCAUCUGUAAUUAGACCCUUGCUUAUUUCUCGACAAUAUUUUAUGAAACUUUGUUUACAUGGCUUACAGUCUAAGAUAUAAAAGUCAUCAGUUCAUUUCAGUUGAUGAAUAUGUCAAGGAUUUAUAUUUAAAAUUACAGAUAAGUUUCAUUCCAAUAAAAUGUUUUAAUUUGAUUUACUGUCCGAGAACUAUAUGGCAUUCAUAGGAGUGUGAAUUGUAUCUGGUUGUGAGAAAACACAGAAAACGUCUAUUAACUAACAUCCAAUCAUCCAUUAUGAAUCUGAAUGCCUAUGAGUGACUAUCAUAUUUCUAUUUAGUUGUUGUACAGCAUAAUCAGACGAUGACUUAAUUUAGUGCCGUUAUGAAUUAGAACCCGGUGAAAAAAUACGUUUGGUAAGUCCUACUUAAUUAUCCGACACAUGUUCAUUAUCAGUGAAUAUAGUUGUUGGUAUAUAUGAUAGUGUUUUAUUUCACACAUUUUAUCGUGCCACAAAAGUACAACGAAAAUAUAACCUCUAAAACAUAACUUUACAGUAUAUGAUGAGAGUACAGAACAGAUUUUCCAUUAGAUACAUCUCUGUAUUCUACCAGAUAAAGGCCUCGGGUGUUUGGAAACUUUGGUAACAAAAACGGCUAGAGAAUCUUCCAAAUUUCUCAUAAUAAAUUCUUUUCAAGUAAAACAUCUCAAAAAACAGCCAUAGUAAAUUCUCUUAAAGUAAAACAUGAAAUUAUGAUGAAGGAAUCAGACGAUUUGACUAGAAAUAGGAUAGAGGGCUGUUAUAAGUUAAGGGGCAUUUGUUAGGUUAAAUACAGUAUGUGUUGUACAGUAAUAGUAACACAUAUAUAACACAUACUGUAUUCAACCUAACAAAUACUCUGUACAUUGUAUACAGUAAUAUACAACACUUACUGUAUUAUAUAUGUGUUAGAUUUUAAAUAUGAUAAACCAAUUACAACAGCGUUGUAUUGAACACCAUUACUGACUGCAACAGCGGCCAGUUUGAUGUGGGUUUUUUCUGACCACCAUUACUAAUUUUGUUAGCCAGCACUUUGAGGUUUUUUAUUCUGUAUGCCAUGAACUAUUAGUGUAUUAGUCGGGUUCCUGGGAACAUGAACAGACACAGUCAUAUGUAUUGUAGCUAUAAAUAGUGUUAAAAUUAUGAAAAAUGUCUUAUACAUAUUAUGUAGUGUUUAAUUGUCAUGCUUAUAGGACAUGCACUUUGUUAACUUAACUAUUAAUAGUUGUGUACCCUUUAGUUUUGAUAUUAAGUCAUGUCAAGUAGUACCUUAUUCGCUCAUUCACCCCUUAAGUCAGAUUUGAACCUUACCAAAUCAAUGACUGGACAAGUCCAGUUUAGAUUUGUAGGGGUGAAUGAGUUCCUGUACACUUUUGGCCUAAAGAACACAUGGGAAUGGUGAAUUUCUUGAUAAAUAAAAUUCACAAGAUUUGUCAUAAGAAAUAUGCUUAAUAGUUUACGUAGUAUAUGUAAAGUUUGGUUAACGUAAUAAACUAUAUACCGGUAACUUUGUAAUUUAUCCCAUACCUAUAUAGCUAAUUAGCGUUGUAAAUUACCCUUUACUUGUAGCUAGUUAACUUUGUAACCUAACUAAUAUUUAGUUAGUUAAUGGAAUGUAUGACCUUUUAACCUUUAUUAGAUAGUUAGUAGGCAGUUUAGCGCCAAACAUGACCUUUAACGCUAGAUGUGUUGGCUCUAUACACAAGCCAUUUUACAGUGGUAUAUGGAAUAAUUAGAUUUUCUGUAGCCUAGAAUUAAUUGCACUAGAUGUCUAUCUACACAUAGAUAAAUACCCCGGGUCACAUUGACCCUAUAUAUUAUAUAAUAUAUAGAAGAGUGAAGAGAAGAGCAAGCAGGGGAGAGAGAGAGAACUAAGAUGGACACGAGAAAAGAGAGAGGAAAAAAGGAUGAAGUGGGGAAGAGAGAGAGAGAGAGUGAUUGGCACAUUCUUGCCAAAAGUCCUGUCAUGUUUACCCGUUACCUUGCACCAGAGACGAGCGUUAAUGUUUCAUUAGGGUUUGAUGUGGGUUGAUCUUGUUUUCAUUGUAAAGCCUUCUGCUUUAAUAUUUGACUUAUUUUUCUCACUCUGUUCCUGUGAAUAUAAGCUAUGAAUGUCUACUUAUGAUUUUUCAAAAGGAAGAACAUAUAAAAGUUAACACUGAGCUACAACCGUUAAACACUUUGUGCAGGAACUGUCUUCAUGGCACGAUACAGAUUAUAUACACAUAUAUGUAAAGGGCUAACUAAGAUUCUUACAGAUAUCUCUCAUCAACUGCCUGUACUUUCCUUGUUAGCCACAUCGUACAUAUUUCACCCCAUUGGUUCUCAUGAUACAGCUUUUAGGUUUAAAACUUUGUACUUAUCGUGUUACAUUGAAUAAAGCAUUUUUUUUUUAAUUAUGUAAUGAAGUAUAGAUUCUGUGUGGUAUGAUACCAUGUAUAAUGGUUCAUUCUAACAUUUAUAUAUUAUUUUACCAGCAUGCAUUUUGAAGAUUUAUGAAAUGUACUUUUUUUUCCUUCUUUACACUGCUUUUAUAGCAACUAAUUAUACACAUGGCUAUGUUUUGGGUGCUAGGGUAUCGGAAAGGAUGCCAGGGUAUUAUUUGUGUACACAUGGCUAUGGUUUGGGUGCAACAUACAUAAUCAAAUGUUAUAAUUUUGUUUACAUCCCAUUGCUGUAUAUCUGUGUGUGUGCAGUAUUUUGGUGGACAUGAAACAGAUAUUUUUUAUUCAAUAAAGUAUAUCUGUAUUGAUUAAUAAUUUCAAAACCACUAAUUCAGAUGUAUUCAAAUAUGACCUAUAUAUGGAUAUAUAUAUCCGAAUCUCAAUGAUAAAUUUAUUAUGAGAAUUACAAUUUUCUUAUUAUAUGUCAAGGAUAAAAUUACUGCCAAACGAACAUAAGGUGCCUACAUGUUCGUGGAAAAGGGGAGAUAAUCCUAUGGUUCAUUGUAUAACCGUCCAGAAGUGUUCAAAACUGAUAAUUAUAUGAAACAACUUUUACAAAUUGAAGACAAUUUUGAAAGGUGAAAAAAUACAUGCAUUGAUGACGUCCAGGUAUUCAGCUGUUGCAAGGGCUGCAGACCUAAACAUUAUCAUCUGUUAAUGCUAGUUAACAGGCUUUAGGAAAAUAACUUUACCACAAAUAACAGGUAUGAUGUGUCGGGCAGUAUGUAUUCUUUCACCUUUUUCACAAAUGUUAAAAAGAUUUUUUCAAUUUCAAAAGGCAAGGGGAGAUAAUCCCAUGGGUAGCUUAGCCAUAUAAUCACUCAAGCAAAUGCUUGACAACAGUAUGAUUCAAUUUGUAUUGGUGAAUACAAAGGUAUUGAUUGUUCUCUUUAUUUGUAAAAAUUUGAAAGAAGUUUCAUGGGCAUUCAAAAUAUCACCUAGAUGGUCACGAGAAAAAGCAUUUUAUUUUGUUUUAAUCUACAUAGAACAUUGCAAAGGGUAAGAGGCUCUAUCGUUUUACAGAAAAGCUUGUGUUCUCCAAACUAGCUGAACUGGAAUAUUUAAAAUCAACAUUUGCUUGGCAUUAUUGUUUAAUAAAACAUGGAAGAACGACAUAAAAUUGUUUAUUUGUACUGCAUUUUGUAUAUAUGCUUUAAGCCACCAAAGACAUAUUUGAUAUGAUCAGGAUGAAUAUGGCUAAUGUAUGAAAACAGCCUGAGAGUUAACAAGUAAUGAUUGAUCUGAAGGUUACCAUAAUGUGAAGUGUUUAGGAACAAUCUUCUGUGAAUGGGUGUGUUGGUAUUACCUUGUCUGUGUAAGACAUGCGAGUAUAAACUUGUGGGACUACUUGGGUAUAAAUUAAAAGGGAGAGGUGACGCGGCUGUAGUAUAUGUGUGAGAGAUAUGUGAAUACCUUUGUAAUAUAAUUAAAGCAUUUGCUCUCAGGAGAUAAAGUAUGGAUGCAUUUUAAUUUACAAUAAAUUUCACCUCAAUUUUG